AUGGGGUGUCUAUGGGGCUCUAUGGGGGGACGGGAGCCGUGUAUGUCUGUAGGGUCGGGAAGGAGCUGGGCUGUAUACAGCGCAUCGAGGGCCGCGUGUUGUCUAUGGGGCUGCGGCACUUUGGGACGGCGCUGGAUGGGACCCACGACCUCAAUGGGGACGGGGGGCCAGACGUGGCUGUGGGGGCCAUGGGGCAGGCACUCAUCUUCAGCUCCCGCCCGGUGGUGUCGGUGUCGGCCAUCUUGUCGGUUCCGGUUCGUCGCCUCCCCCACUCGUGGGGUCGAUGUGGGGCAGGAGGCGUCGCCGUGGGGCUGCGGCUCUGCUUCCAAACCGAGCUCAGCAGCAACACGUACCGAGGUCGCCUCCUCGUCCCCAUCCAUUUCCUCUUCCGGGUCGACUCUCAGCGCCAUUGGCCACGUGGUCAAUUCACUUCCGGGUCAACCACGUGGGAGGACCGGAUGUUGUUGGAAGGGGGAGAGCGGUGCGUCAACAACACGGUCCUCCUGCAGCCGUGCCCCGAGGACUCGCUGACCCCAAUGAGGCUGGCCGUCAAUUACUCCCUGGACCCCGAAUACCCCACAGACCCCACAGACGACCCCAUUGCCGUCAUAGACCCCAUAACCAACUCGGCCUGGAUUGAGGUGCCGUACGAGCAGCGCUGCGGCUCGGCCGGGCUGUGUGACCCGAUGUGAGUUUGUCGGCUAGAGCGCCCCUGGCGGAGCUGUGUUCCUUGGAGGACCGGAAGUGACGGCCGCCAUCUUGGUGCCGCUGGAAACCUAAAGAACCGGAGGGACGGACCCGGA